AUGGUGCCUACAAUUGAGUCCCCUAAAGAUCGAAUCAGUGCGGCAGCAGCUGAAGGAGAGCGACUCCUCUCGGUUAUCGCUGCCACUGAAGAUACUGCAGCCACUCUAACCCAGGUCAAACUCGACCUUGCUGCACUCAAAAACAUAUGGUAUGAUGCAGACGCGUUAUAUAGCGAAUUGUCCGCUCGACUUAAAAAGGAACAGAAGGAAUUUGAAGAUCUACGAGGCAGCCACAUAAAAAAGUUCUUUGCUGGUUCACAGUAUAAGGAAAAGCUCACCAAGGAGGAGAAUGACGUGAUAGAGUUGCUGGAGUGGCAGGCCAAGGCGGACAAGACGCGCAAAGAGCUCAAGGCCAAGCUGGAUGACAUGAAGGAGCGGAGGCAGAAGUUAGAACACAUGCUCGAGCAACGUGUGCAGGCCCUGAAUGAUCUUGAUAACCUUUAUGCAGUUGUCUUUGAUGGGCCUUCGCCAGAUAAUGCUGAAGAAGAUGUGCUCGAGGCAGAGAUGAAAGCAGCUCAACAGAUAUUUGUUCCCAUACAGAGCCGCUAUAGCCAAGUGGCUUCAGUGUUUAACUAUAUCACAAUGGCUCGCUCACGCGUCACCUUCGCCGCCGGAAGCGCAGCAAAGGCGCUCAAAAUCUCCGAAUCAGAUAUCUUUGAUCUGAAAGCCGGAGCUGGAAUAAGAGCUAAUCGUAACUUUAAUUCCGCUGUUGCUGACCGGAAAGAGCGUGAAGAGUUGGGCCUGGUCCGGCGUAGUCUGGCUGAGGCUUCGCAAUUCCUCGCUCUGGCUCACGAGCUCGAUCCCGAAGUCGGCGGGUUUAUAAUGCCCAAGGUCGCGGACGGGAAAAGCGCUGCUGGCAGACUCGACGACUUGAUCAACACACCGGUGACUGACUACUUGUUCCAUCGGGAGAUUAAAGCAACAGCAGAGGGUAUAGCUGCGGCGGGCGCGAUUGUAGACGAGGAGCUGCGAUUGGCUGAGGAGAAGAGGAGCGUAUGGACUGAUAAGAGGGAUGCUGCAGGUGAGGACCUGAAACAAGCAAGAGAAAAACUGCAACAGUUACGAGCCCGGAUCUUCGAAGACGCUGUCAAUGGUCAAGGAAGCUCAACCGCACCGUCUUAUGAGCAAGCGACAGCAAAUGAGCACCCACCACAAUAUAUAGAAACAGAACGUUAA